AUGAAUAAAAUUGACCCAAAAAUAGUGAAAACAAGUUUGGAUUUGUUGACCAAAAUUGUGAAAAAGCCGGUAAUCACUGACAAACUAUUGAAAAGACCUCCCUUUAGAUUCCUCCACGACUUGAUUACAAGUAUCAUAAAAAGUCAUGGAUUUUUCAAAGAUCUCUAUAAAGACAAUGAAUUGGUUGCCGAGAAUGUGAAGGAAAAGGAGUCAAAGAUAGUAUUCCUACAGAAAGCGAUCGACACAACCGGGUUUAUUAUUGGAGAUGUGUUGAGUGCAAAGCCGUCCAAAAUUGUCGCCGGACUCGAAGCCGACAAAACCAAUGAAUGGCUUCAAGCGAUGGCCAAAGCGGUGAUCGCAAAGAAGGACUCUUCAGAUGCUGUCCAACGAGUCCUGAAUGGAGAAAAGCCGACCAAACGGGACAAUACACUCGUGAGUAAUAAUAAUAAUAAUAAUAAUAGUAAUAAUAGCAAAAAGAAAGCAUUGAAUACAAACACAAAGACUCCAAACAAUACAAACAAGAAAACAAAAAAAGAGAGCAAAGAAUCAAAAGAAAUCAAAACUGAGGCAAAAAAUGCAAUAAAAGAGUCAAAUGAGGCAAAAGAGAAGACAUCGCCUCAGAUGUCGGCUAACAAAGCGAAACACAAUUCUGGCAAACAAUCGACACAAGAAUUGACUGCAAGUGUUGCGAACGGAAAUACGCCAAUACCUGCCCCACACUUAGCCUACGCUCCCAUCACUGAUAAUAGAGAUAAUGACUCUAAUGAUGGAAAUGUGCACAAAGAGAGGGAUGAAAGCAGUAAUGACAAGACAAACAAUGAAGAUAUUGCGGCCCAAAACCCACCAAUAGAUCCUCUUAGCGCUGUUAGGGCUACGAUUGAAACCAAAUCUGUUUUGUCUUCACAUCCGAGACACAGAUCAGACACAGAGAUGAGAAGAAGUGGAGUCCGUCCGCCAACGCGUCACGAGAGGACCGCUCGACCGAGUAGUUCACGACCGGCUCCUCCCAGAGUCAUACCAAAAGUGAGUGAAGACAAUGCGAUCGUUGAGGCAGAACUCGAGGAGAAGUUGCGUUUACUGAACGCAAAACCAGUCGAGAACUUAAUCACUGAAAACUUUGCUAAUGAUGAGGACCAGGAGUUUGUCGUCUCCAAUGCGAUCACUGAUGAACAGACCGAACCAAAUGGACAGUUAGAUAUCGACAACAAUAAUGAUACACAAAAAGGGAGUUUAGUUAAGCAAUUGGUUGAGACCAAGAAAGAGCUCGAAGGCAAGCAAUCGUCGGAUGUGCUAAACAAUGAUAAAAAGGUAUCCAAACAAACGAAUCGAGAUAUUGAGAAAUUGCGUCAAACUAUACAAGCUUUGAGCCAAACGGCCAGUCCUUUGGGUAAAGUGUUAGACUAUCUCCAGGAAGACAUCGAUUCAAUGCUCUCAGAGCUGAAGACAUGGCAGGAAGAGUACAAAAGUAAUGUUCAGUCACUGCAUAAGUCACGAAACACUACUUUGGAAGCACUGGAACCGUAUAAACAAGAACUCAAUCAAUUAGAUGUCGAUAUUGUUGAACAAAUGGAUAAAAUAAGUCUAACAAAAGCCAAUAUCAUUAGAAAUGAGGAUAAGUUACAAAAAAUGUUUACGCCUAAGGAUUAG